CAACUGUUCCCAGCAUUCUGAUGUUUUGAUCAAAAUACAUUGAAAAAUAUACAAAUUUUUGUUUUCGCCUCAAAGAAUAUAUCGUCAUGAUUUGUAGGAAGUGCUGUUUCUGCCUGCCCCUGAAAGUAGGUGUCAUAAUCAUUGGGGCGAUCUUUAUAAUUUUUCACGUUGGGGAGCUGAUAGCGCACUCGGAUAACACCAUUUUCAUCAGGCAAGUGUCCCACAAAAUUUGGGCACCCCUCAUCAUGUCUCCGAUCCUAACUAUUGGAACUCUGAGCUCUGUACUGCUAGUGUACGCUGCUUCGAAGCAAAAGAAGCGUGGCUUUGUCCUUAUGUGGAUCAUCGUCUAUACAGUCAUACUCUUCUUGUAUUGCAUAAUGGGUAUUGUAGAUGUGGCCAUUGCGAAACCUGCCCCGGCUGUAUUGGUUGUUCAGCUGGUCAUCAUACUUGGCCUGCUUUAUUCCCUGAUGAUAGUGCUGGCUUAUUACCGAUAUUUGAGUACAGUGGUUUCUGAUGAUGCAAUUUGACGAGUGGUUAAAUAAACGUGGAGCUAAAUUCCUAGCAACUGAGGAUCGAUCAUGGCUUGUCG